AUGGGAGACGCUAUCACAGGAUUCCGAUUUUCUACUGGCUACUGCCUAGGCGCCUGGCAGUGGUACUCUCGUGACAAAGGCACCACUAUCACACUUAACCCGGAUUGCCAGAUGCGCCAGGCGUGGCCCAACCCGCAGGCCGUCACGGCCGUGUGCAUCCGCAACAAGGCUGGAGAGAACAAGUGCGUCAAGGCCCCGACGGAGGCCGACCAAAACUUCUGUGGAAUCCCGACCGAUUGGUGCAACAAUAUUGAGAACAUGUGGGGUUGGUAA